CAAUCUUUUACCGUUUCAGGUGAGAUUUGUAAACAACACUCUGAGUAUGGCUUCAACUCCCGCCUUGUCUGGCAAUGCCCAAGUGCGCGCCAGACUUACAACCCGAGACACGGAUCUCGUACUUCAAGAGCCUGCACCCAUUCUGAUUCCUACAUCCUUCCGUCGCAUCCAGCUCUCUACACUGGUCAACAACCUCGUCCAGACCGAAAAGACGAUACCCCUAGAUUUCAUCAUCAAUGGAACCUACCUCCGUACCACGCUCGAGGAGUAUCUCACCAAUAACGGCAUUUCUACCGAGACCACACUGAACAUUGAGUACGUGCGAGCGCGCAUCCCACCUCGAUACGCCGCUUCCUUCGAACACGAUGACUGGGUCAGCGACAUAGACGUCCUGUCCGGAAACAACCCCAGGAUAUUGUCUGCCAGUUACGAUGGGCUGUUGAGAGUUUGGAACACGUCUUCACAAGUGCUCGCGACGUCUCCGGCAAUGUCGCAGAGCGACGGGCAAACGUUCAUCAAGUCGGCCAAAUUCGUUUCACCAAAGCAAAUCGCCUCAGGAGGGUUUGACCGAGCGUUGAGACUAUGGAAAUAUGAGGAGGAGCAAGAUGGGUUUACUGCGCGCAUUACACCACAACUAGAGCUUUACGGCCACAGAGGGUCAGUGGAUUCUGUAUGUUCGCACGCCGAGUCAGGGCGUGUCCUCUCUGGAUCCUCGGAUCAUUCAGUCGGCAUCUGGUCGACGCGGAAAUCAGAUGCGCCUGCUGCGCCGGAGGAGCUCGUCCCCAAGUCCAAGGGUAAGGAUGGCAAGCGGAGAAAGUUGAACCCUGACAUCUCCGUACCGCAGAGAGGUCCGGUGGCGCUGAUGAAAGAGCAUACUGGGCAAGUGUCUGGGGUUAUCUUUGACCACAAAGAUCACACAAUUGGUUAUUCGACCUCAUGGGAUCAAACGGUGCGGAGCUGGGAUUUGGUAACGGCCUCUCUUGUGGAUACGCGGACAACGUCGAGUGCACUGUUUUGCAUAGAACAUAUGCCUUCACUGAGCCUGAUUGCGGCAGGAUCCGUCAGUCGGGUGAUCAAGAUGGUGGAUCCACGUGCAUCAGCGGCCACUGUUACUGCGAUGACACUGAAAGGACACAAGAACUCAGUCGUGAGUCUUGCGCGAGAUCCGACCAACGAGUACACAAUUGUCAGCGGCAGUCAUGACGGUACUUGCCGUGUCUGGGAUGUUCGAAGUACAAGACAAGAGAAAGAAGGAAGUGUUGUAUCGAGCUUAUACACCCUGCCUCGAGCGAGCCAAAAGGGCAGUACGGUUUCAGGCGUUGCUGAGGGAGCCAAGGUCUUUGCAGUCUGCUGGGACAAGGAUGUGGGCAUACUCAGUGCCGGCGAGGAUAAAGUGGUCCAGAUCAAUCGCAGCGAUGAGCAGACCUGAGAAUCGUGCAAGGUAUCGUUACAACAGCCUUUAUCAACAUUUAACCUCAUCAGGACUGCGUGUUGGUCAAGAUUGACCAAUGUUCAUGCUUAUUGCGGAUUCUUCACAAUCGGGACAAGCCAUUGGCAACACAACAUUGCCAUGUUUGGCAGCAACUGAUAAUUUGAGUGGUUGUCAUGUCCAAUCACACCGGAACCAGCCCUGCCAAAGAACAUGUGAUCGUCCCAGUGGUCAUUUGCAUGUACCACCGGUUUGACGUUGCUGUGCUCCCGCAGUGCAUUUACGUACAAUAGUCGUCGCAGGUGGAAUCGGUUUGGGUUGGGGUUGGAACAAGCGACAACACGUGCAGCAGGGACAGAUGACACUAAUCUUGAGGAUCUCGGGGAGUACAGGAUGAAUUAAGAAGCGAAAAUAGUAGGGUUCAAGGUGGCACUGCCAGUCAGGGGGGAAAUACAGAGUUCCUUGCACGGUACGGAGUACCGAAUUCAGUAACCAAAAAUACCAGGACAGGUGACUUUGUAAACACGGAGAUGAAGAUGGAUACUAGUAUACACCCUGGUCCCUGGGAAGGGUAUGGGGACGGCGCAAUAGUCUAGGUAAAAAGCCCCUUGUGUAAUCCCCG